AUGGCUGUAGAUAGCGGAAUGGAUCUGCUCAGCGAAAGAGCUGUGUUGAUGAGACAAUCUCUUCAGAAGAGUCAAACCAUCACCGAUAAUGUUGUCUCAAUCCUCGGCUCAUUCGAUAGUCGUCUUUCUGCUCUCGAAACCGCCAUGCGUCCCACUCAGAUUAGGACGCACGCAAUAAGGAAAGCUCACGAGAAUAUCGAUAAGACUCUAAAGGCUGCUGAGCUUAUUUUAUCUCAAUUCGAUCUCCUCCGUCAGGCAGAGACUAAAGUACUCAAGGGGCCACAUGAGGACCUGGAAAGUUAUCUGGAUGCAAUCGCUCAACUCAGGAAAAUUAUUCGUUACUUUAGCAGCAACAAAAGCUUCAAGAGUAGUGAUGGAGUCCUCAACCAUGCAAAUAGUUUGCUUGCUAAAGCACAGUCAAAGCUGGAAGACGAGUUUAAGCAAUUGUUAGCUUCUUACAGUAAAGCUGUAGAGCCUGAUCGCCUUUUUGAUGGCCUUCCGAACUCACUGAGACCAUCCUCAGACGGUGAUGGAAAGUCUUCAAUGCCACACGGAGGACACCACAACGAUGACUUGGAAACUGCUUCUUAUACACUUCCAAUCCUCAUUCCGUCAAAGGUGUUGCCACUUUUGCAUGAUUUGGCGCAGCAAAUGGUUCAGGCUGGUCACCAACAGCAGUUGCUACAAAUUUAUAGAGAAACACGUUCUGUUGUCUUGGAAGAAAGCCUAAAGAAAUUGGGUGUGGAAAAACUUAGCAAAGAGGAUGUUCAGAGGAUGCAGUGGGAAGUUUUGGAGGCCAAAAUUGGAAACUGGAUCCAUUUCAUGCGCAUUGCUGUUAAAUUACUCUUUGCUGGAGAAAGGCAAGUAUGUGACCAGAUAUUUCGAGGCUUCGAUUCUCUGAGUGAUCAGUGUUUUGCAGAAGUAACGGUGAGCAGUGUCUCAAUGCUACUUAGCUUUGGGGAUGCUAUAGCCAGGAGCAAGAGAUCUCCAGAAAAGUUGUUUGUACUCUUAGACAUGUACGAGAUAAUGCGAGAAAUUCAUUCAGAGAUUGAGACAAUUUUCAAAGGUAAAGCAUGCCUUGAAAUCAGAGAUUCUGCUACGGGCUUGACAAAGCGGUUGGCGCAGACUGCUCAGGAGACAUUUGGUGAUUUCGAAGAAGCUGUUGAGAAAGAUGCUACAAAGACUGCUGUUCUAGAUGGGACUGUCCAUCCACUAACAAGCUACGUCAUCAACUAUGUUAAGUUCUUAUUCGACUACCAAUCGACAUUGAAGCAACUCUUCAUGGAGUUUGGAAAUGGAGACGACUCAAACUCGCAGCUAGCAUCCGUAACAAUGCGGAUAAUGCAAGCGCUUCAGAACAACUUGGAUGGGAAAUCGAAACAGUACAAAGACCCUGCAUUGACGCACUUGUUCCUGAUGAACAACAUUCAUUACAUGGUUAGAUCUGUGCGCAGGUCAGAAGCUAAGGACUUGUUAGGAGAUGAUUGGGUGCAAAGGCAUAGGCGUACCGUUCAGCAACAUGCAAACCAAUACAAAAGGAUUGCUUGGACAAAGAUAUUACAAAGCUCGUCGGCGCAAGGGUUGACCUCAUCUGGAGGAGGAAGUGUAGAGGGAGGAAACAGCAGCGGAGUUUCAAGAGGAUUAUUAAAAGAGAGGUUCAAGAUGUUCAAUAUGCAGUUUGAUGAGUUACAUCAGAGGCAAUCUCAAUGGACAGUUCCAGACACAGAGCUAAGAGAGUCGCUUAGACUUGCUGUUGCUGAAGUAUUAUUGCCUGCUUACAGAUCAUUCCUCAAACGCUUUGGGCCUUUGGUUGAGAGUGGGAAGAAUCCGCAGAAAUACAUUAAGUAUACAGCUGAAGAUCUUGAGAGAUUGUUGGGUGAGUUGUUUGAAGGAAAGUCUAUGAGUGAACCACGACGGUAA